AAAGAGUAGUCUUCAUAGUAUUUAGUGUAGUAUUUACCUUGGCUGAACCACCACGCCCAGUUGUGAAUGCCUGACUAGGUAGUUCGGGCCCACCUAGUUAUACGCAGGCCCAACUAUGAAUAUGGUUAGCAUGUUUUUCUCAUAUGAAUUCUUAUAAAUGAAAGUACUUUAUUAAGUAAAGGGAUUGUGGAGAUGUACAGAUUUGGAAAGCAUUUGUUGCACUGUGAUUUGACAACGUAAAAGUCCGGCGCUAGGACCGAGAGAUUUCUGGAUAGCGGAUCUAGCACUUUGGCAUUCCUCUCAUUCCAGUAUGAAUGGGAGUGAUUGUUGUUACUCUGACUACCCCGCUCAACUCCGUCCAGAACAGCUUUCAAAACGUUAUGUCAAGCUCAUCCUCGGGGGAAGCACUUUAUCAAUUUUGCUGUGAUUAUUUGCGUGGGAAGAAAUAUUUUGGCACUUUUCGGUGGGAUAAUUAGGAAUAACGCCAAAAACGCUAAAAGAGCUUUUCCUGGGUAUCACAGCCUGCACAGUCCACUCGGGGUGUCGGAUGACAUUGUCUGCUGCUAUCCAGAGCAAGUGCCAUAUGUAGGAAACCAUGAGCUUCUCCCACUGACAACCCACCGCUUUACUAGAGCUGAGAGAGAAUCAGGUGAGGAGGCCUGUUUCAGUGUCUACCCAGCCCCACCUCCCCUGUACCCCCUUGACAGUGAGAUGCGGGGUUCUGAGGACACCGUAUCGGGCACGGUGCUGCAACGUCUGAUGCAGGAGCACCUGAGGUACGGCCACCAGGGUGACUCCGUGAGCCUGUUGAGCAUGCAGUCCGCCCAGCUGCCCACUCCAUCGCAGCCGCCCCACCAGCACCAGGCCGCGGCAAGCACAGGGCCCAGCGCUCCGUCCUCCACCGAGAACCUCCUGCAGGACGAUCCGCAGGUGGUGCACCAGUCAGCGCGACAAGAGCCACAGGGGCAGGAGCACCAGGUGGACAGCACAGCCAUGGAGAAGCAGGGCACCCGCGCGCAGCAGCAGCAGCAGACCGAGGAGCUGCCCACCUACGCGGAGGCCAAGGCGCAGUCGCAGCUCUUCAGGGGCCAUCAGCAGGCGGUCGCUGUGACCCCAGGGUACUACACGGCAGGAGGAGCCCCCGCCCCCACCGUCAGCUCCGCUUCUUCUUCCUCGUCCUCCUCCUCAUCCUCCUGCUCCUCCUCCUCCUCGGUCACUCAGAAGGCCCGGACUGAGGGCAGGGCGACGGUGAACCGCUCAGGCGGCGGGCAGCCGCACAAGGACGAGGCGCUGAAAGAGCUUAAGCAGGGUCACGUCCGGUCCCUCAGCGAGCGGAUCAUGCAGAUGUCCCUGGAGCACAACGGGGCCAAGCAGCACCCGCCAGGGCCCGGGAGCAGCAGCCUGCCCUCCCAGGGCUCCUCUGCCAAGGUGCUGAAGGGCGGCGGGGUGCCCCCUCCCCCACCCCUACCAUCGCCGCCGCAGGCUCAGGGGAAAGGAGGGGACCCCCGAGGGCCUCCACCUGAAUACCCCUUCAAGUCCAAGCAGACCCUCUCCCCCAUGGGCAAGACUUCACUGGCCUCCUCACCCAUAGAACAUGGACACUUCUUCAGUGAACAGCACCCAGGGCCAAUGGCAGACCUGCCCAAAGCAUACACCAUGCCUCAGCCAACCAAGACAGAGAUCACCUGUGUGAGAUACCCACCACCGCCAGAAUACUACACCAGGCAAUUCCCUGUGUCCCUGGGGGGUCUGUCCCUGCAACAGCACAGCCCUAUGUCUUCACAGACCUCCUCCCUGUCAGUGGGUUUGCCCCCCCAGCCACAGCCCCCGCCUCUGCCCCUCUCCCACCACCCUGCUCACCAGCACCCGGGGGCAGCCUUCGCCAUCGUGGCCCGUGCCCAGCAGAUGGUGGAGAUCCUGUCUGAGGAGAACAAGGCCCUGAGGCAGGAGAUGCAGGCAUACUGCGAGAAAGCAAACAAGAUACAGCGGUUUGAGAUGGAGAUCCAGAAGAUCUCAGAGGCAUACGAGGGUCUGGUAAAGAACUCGUCCAAGAGAGAGUCCCUGGACAAGGCCAUGAAAAACAAGCUGGAAGGGGAGAUCCGACGCUUGCAUGACUUCAACCGGGAUCUGAGAGAUCGCCUGGAGACAGCCAACAGGCAGCUUGCCAGCCGGGACCUGGAAGACCAUGAGGACGGGCGGGCAGCAGGACUCUAUCUGCUACAGAGCAGGGAAAGCAUUAAGGAGAGAGAGAAGUUGGAGAUGGAGGUAGCAGCCCUGCGCACGGCUAACGAGGACCAGCGGAGGCACGUGGAGAUCCUAGAGCAAGCACUCAACAAUGCGCAGGGCAAGGUGGUGAAGCUGGAGGAGGAGCUGCGGAAGAAGCAGGUGUAUGUCGAUAAGGUGGAGAAGCUGCAGCAGGCCCUGUCGCAACUGCAGGCUGCAUGCGAGAAGAGGGAGCAGCUGGAGAAGAGGCUGCGCACACGACUGGAGAGAGAGCUAGAGUCCCUACGGUCCCAACAGCGUCAGGGAGGGGGGGCCCACAGUUCCCCGCCGUCGGAGUACAACGCCCCCACCCUGAUGGAGCUGCUUCGUGAGAAGGAGGAGAGAAUCCUGGCCCUGGAGGCUGACAUGACCAAGUGGGAGCAGAAGUAUCUGGAGGAGAGCGCCAUGAGGCACUUUGCCAUGGACGCCGCCGCCACCGCCGCCGCUCAGAGGGAUACCACCAUAAUAAACCAUUCCCGUAAUGGCAGUUACAGCGACAGCUCCCUGGAGGCGCGCAUCUGGCAGGAGGAGGAGGAGAUCCUGCAAGCCAACCGACGCUGCCAAGACAUGGAGCACAGAAUAAAGAACCUGCACGCUCAGAUCAUCGAGAAGGACGCAAUGAUCAAGGUGCUCCAGCAGCGCUCCAGGAAGGAACCUGGGAAGAGUGACACCGUGCCACUGCGCCCCGCCCGCUCCGUGCCCUCCAUCUCCGUGGCAACAGGGCUGCACUUGCGCCAGGCCUCCCAGACCAGCAGCCAGAUCCCGGAGGAGAGGAGGGAGGAGAGAGGCUGGAAGGGAAGCGCGAGUGUACUGCUGGGCAGGGAGCCCCUGGAGCACCUCCUGCCUUCCCUCCAACUGAUCCCCGCCCCUGCCUCGCUGCCCUCCACCCCCCUGCUCUCUGCCCACAUGAAGACUGGAAGCAAGGACAGCAGCACUCAGACGGAAAAGAGCCCCGAGCUGCUCAGGGCCACGCCCAUCACUGGCAGGGCCAGGCUGGGCAACACGCCCAGUGGCAGCCCCAUCCUGCGCCACACCCUGGCCAAGGGAGGAGGUGAGAAGACAGAGAUUUCCCUGGGCAAAGUGAUGGACAGCAGGCCUCCCAUGGGUUCUGGCCACCGGCACGAGCUCCCCGAUGCGGAUGUGGUGGAGAUCCUUAUCUGAGCCAGGCCUGCGCUGACCCAGGAAGAAGAUGGCUGUCAGUUUCACACAGAUUUGGGAUGCGGUGUCCAGCAGGGAGACUAAGAGAGAGAGCGAGAGAGAGACUUGUAGAAGCAGAUGUGGACAGUAGAAAGGGACCAGGUGAACAGAUCGAAAGAAGGUUGAAAGAAGGCUGGGACUGUGUUUUUUUCCUGAAUGACGGAAGCGGAAGCUAGGAGGCAAUUUGAGAAAUUCACAGGAAAAAGACUGUCGGAAGUUAGAUGGAAGAAGCACCCGGAAGCAACAAAGGAAUGAAAAAGGGAGAGAGGUGACUGAGGGAGAAAGGCUGAGUGGAGGUAAAUGUCCGUGGAACAUGGAGAGCAAAUGGGUGGUUAAUUUCACAGUUUUAAAAGCAGGCAGUUGUUUCAUUUGGUUCUCUGACCUUGCAGUCUUAAAAAAAAUAGUUGUGGGCCUUACAUAUUUUUAACAGACAAGGCAUUCUGGGUGUGUGUCGUGCCUUUCUGAUUCUAACAAACAAUGUCUGUGAAUUGUCAUCAGUUCUAAAAAGGAAUAACAAUGCAAGAGAAUUCUGCCUGAAAGGUGCAAAAAGACCAUGCAUUUCACCACGGUUCACUCUAGCUCAAUGGAGUAUACUUUUGUGUAUUGUUUUUUUUUUUUUUGUGAGUAAAAAAGAUUUACUCCCAUAAGGCAAGCAGCAUUUCUGUGUGUAUAUUGUUUCAGCUGUGAGUUUUGUAAGGGACGCAACCUUCUUGUGUGUGUGGCUGGCAUUCCACAAGGACAUUGGCCUUGGGCUUACAGCUGUGGGGCUAUGUUUUGAGUGCAGAAGAAGCACUGGCAGAGCUGAGAAAGCUGUUAGCACAAUUAAGAGUGGUAAAUAACAGCUGGGCAGAGCUUAGCUUGUUCAAUGUGAGGACAAAUGUACACAUGAAGGUACCGAGAGAACAUGAGAUGUUUUCUUUCAGACACUGAAUAUUCUGAAUGUGUAAUUCCUUACACAGACUCUGCAGCUACACUUCUACACUUUCACAAAUUUAUAAGUAAAUAAAGGAAUGUAAUAUAAAUUUAUAUAUAAAAAUAUAAUUGGGAUGAGAGAAUUGCACAACCCCAUCCUAUGUGAUGGAUUGAAUAAUAUGAGUUCCAAUGCUGUGGGAAAUGAAACCCCCCCCCCACCCCCAUAAAAAAAAACCACUGGUCGUUGCAUUUAACUUAUCCUAUCGUGUUAAUAAAAUGUAGGUAUUGUUGAUAUAUUCCCCUUUUUUCUCUAAACCUGUGUUACAUCAGCAGGUUUAACUGAGGAACAGAAGCCCAUGAAGGAGGGGUAUGUGUGAAAUAAGGUGUAAAAUGGUGAAAUCAUUGACAAUGAGAAAGAGCAAAUAAAAACAAUGCCUCUGAAUGCCUUUGCAGACCACAGGAAAAGAAGCAUUAGACUAAAGGGGGUUACUGCAAAAUAGCAUCGCUUAGCAUUUGAGAGAAAGUUUAAACGGAAAAGAAUAAUAAGCAGUUGAUUUUUAGUUUUAUCUCUUAAUUUUUAAAAUGCUGUGGACUGUUUCGUCCUGUUAAUUCAUGAACCUUCUACUGUAGAUUGCUGUGUUAGAUACAUUUUUAUUAAAAUCUAAAACUAAAUUAUGUCUUUACAUCGCUAUGGAUAAUAGAAUUUUUCUAGAUUUUAAAUUUUCUAUACAUUGAUUUUCACUUUUCAUUUAUUUUAACAAUACAUUUGGUUUUGUGUAGUAGUUAUGUUCUUCUAAAGAUGUCUGCAAAUAAAAUAUUGAACAGAUCUGAGGGUGCAUACCGGGAUAAAGGAUAACAAUUAAAACAGGAAUAUUUGAAUCCGAUGGUUUUGUCCUGACAGAAAACAGUCAUCUCCCAAAAUUCUUACUGCCAGUGGUCGCGUUAAUGCAGGACUCUGCGUUUUUCUUUUUUGUUUUUUUUUUUGUUUUCCACAGAAAAAACCCAAAAGGAGACAGAAAUACACUGCAUUCUAUAAAUGGACAUAUUCCAAGUCUUUUGGUGUCUGCCAUUUGUGCUGUUCAUUGAUCAUAAUAUUAACACAGCCUUUGGUAGCAUUGGGAGAUUCAAAGAUAAAGCACUUAAUUUUAAUAAAAAAGUUGAAAACAAAAUGUCAUGCUAUUGCUAGCUUGCUCAACAUGAGUAAAUUAAAGACAUUGCCACAAAACGAUUAAAUAAUAUUAGCCUCUGUGGCAAAAAUUUGUUUUGAUCAGAACACUAAAACAUUAGUAUUGUUGCUUAUUCCACCCUGCUAAUCCCUCUUUCAUCCCACUUCUGUUAUAAGUGUCAAAAUAAAAUUAUGAAAGACAUACAUUUAUUGUUUUAUUGUUAGUUGACAUAUUGAAUACAGAAAGUUAUUUUUAAGUGAAUUAGUGCAAAACGCAGAUUUUGAAAUGUUCUGUAUUCCAAAGACACAGCAUUCCAUGGGCUAACGCAACCACUGGCUGUAUAAGUUUUUGGUGAAGCAUUUUUAGUUCAUUCCAAAAUAUUGUUAACAGUAUUGCAGUAAAUAUUGAAGUUUUUUUCUGAUGAGAUGUUUGUACAAACCUGUACAGGAAGGCGAUAUUUGUACAUAAAGAAUAUGUUAUUCUCUGUAGCAAAUGGUGCUUCGGUCAACCAAAGAGAUUCCUACUUGCAGCAUACAAUGGUGCCUUCAUACGUGUACUGUACAGAUUAAAUUGAAAAAUUGCACUUGUU